GUCAAGAUCCGAAGGUACAUGGAAAUAGGGAUGGCACUGAUUGUGAGAACUUCAUACUUGAUAGUCCUCCCUCGUCAAUCAAAUUCUAAUUUCUAUGUCUGAAAUACUCAGACGCGCUUCCUGCGUUCCAAAAUCUUGUCGCAGUAAGUAAAGUAUACAACCUUAGUUAUACACUCAGUAGAUAGAGACAGGACACAAAUUUUAUUACUAUGGAGAAAACCCUUGCCUAUAAGCAAACCCGCCCCUCCUCAUAGUCAUAAAUCUUGAAAAAAGUUAUUAAUGUCUCCAAUGGACCCUUUUACGAUCACCCAAUGACAAUUAGGUUAGUACUUUCCACUCCAGCCUUUUUCCCUUUUUUUCAACUUUAAUCGCUAUUGGUGUUUGUUUCUUUUUCCCUUUCGGGUCAUUCUGAAUGCUUUUUCAGUGGACCCAUUUCAUUGAUUUUAAUAAGGAAUUGGGUGGUGGUGCUGAAUUGUUGAUUGUAAAGAUUUGGUUUUCUGAGCUAUUGGAACUUCUGGAUGCUAUUCCCAUGGUAGUCAAUUCUUUUCAUGAAUAGCUUGAUAUAUUAUCUUUAAUAAGCUAGAAUCAAAGGGUAUCUGGUACUCAAAAUGAAUGGCUACAGCUUGUUGGAGCAUACUCUUCGGAAUAUACUUCGCUCUAUCAAUCCGUUGGAUGAGGAUUGGUCUAUGAGAUUUCAACUCAUUGAUGAACUUCGAGCCAUGGUUGAAAACAUAGAAAGCCUGAGAGGGGCAACUGUAGAGCCAUUUGGAUCUUUCGUGUCAAAUCUUUUUACAAGAUGGGGAGAUCUUGAUAUUUCCAUUGAGUUGCCCAAUGGAUCAUAUAUCUCAUCUGCUGGGAAGAAGUACAAACUAAGUCUACUAGAGGAUGUGCGAAAAGCUCUGAAAGCUAAAGGUGGAUGCCGAAAGCUGCAAUUUAUUACCAAUGCGAGAGUCCCAAUCUUGAAGUUUCAGGGCAAUUACAAUAUUUCUUGUGAUAUAUCAAUCAAUAAUUUGAGUGGCCAAAUGAAGUCCAAAAUAUUAUACUGGAUCAACAUGAUUGAUGGACGAUUUCGUGAUAUGGUUUUACUGGUGAAAGAAUGGGCUAAGGCACAUAAUAUUAAUGAUUCGAAGGCUGGAACUUUGAACUCAUAUUCUCUCAGCUUGUUAGUUGUGUUCCACUUUCAGACAUGUGUGCCUGCAAUUUUACCACCUCUUAAAGAAAUAUAUCCAGGAAAUAUGGUUGAUGAUCUUACAGGUGUUAGGGCUAGUGCAGAGAAGUUCAUUGAAGAAACAUGUGCUACAAAUAUAAAUCGACUUAUAUUAAAUAAGUCACGAGCGAUUAAUAAGAGUUCUCUGUCUGAGCUUUUCAUCUCAUUCAUUGCAAAGUUCUGCGACAUCAGCUCAAAAGCCUCUGCUCAAGGAAUUAGCCCAUUCACUGGCCAGUGGGAAGAUAUUGAGGGCAACAUGAGAUGGCUGCCUAAAACAUACACAAUAUUUGUUGAGGAUCCCUUUGAGCAGCCAGCUAAUGCAGCAAGGGGUGUAAGCAGUAAACAACUAACAAGAAUAGCAGAAGCAUUCAGGAGGACCCACUUUAUGCUUAUUUCAUCGAAUCAAAAUCAGAAUGAAGUUAUUUCUACUCUUGUUAAGCCACAUGUAUCGAAGUUUGUGGCAAGAACUCCUGCUGGAAAUCAAAAUAACUACAGUAGAAAUGGCCUUAGGCCGCAAGUUCAGGCGCAGAGAGCUAUAAAGCCACCAUUACAAGUACAACAUCAGCUUCAGGCCCAGAGAGCUAUACCGCCACCAAUGCGAGCACAACAUCAGCUUCAUGCACAGAGAGCUGUACUGCCACCAAUCCAAGCACAAAUUCAGCUUCAGGCACAGAGACCCGUAUAUCCACCAUUUCAAGCACAUCGGCUUCAGGACAAAAGGGUGGACAGGAAUCAGAAUUCGUCGGCGCAGAGACCCACUCAGGCUAAUCGUGUUCAAACACAGCCAAUAUGGAGGCCAAAAUCGGACAGAUAGGGGGCAUGAAUUUGACUUGUGCUGCUGAAACUAGGCAUCCUUUCAAGUGCUUACUAUUUUUUGUUUUGUUAGGGUAAAAUGAUGGCUUUUGUCCAGAGAGAUUAACGAGUCUUUGCCAGUUUUAGAGAAAAAGACAAUUGUCCCUUCGAGGGGACAUCCGAUAAUUGGAACGAUACAGAAAAAAAAAACACUUGAUAAUACAAAUUGCUAUGUGCUAUAAUUCCAGCACUAGUGAUGGAGGAUUCUGGUCUACAA